AAAGGAGUUUAUACAGGUGAGACAGAGAGAGAAACGGAGAGUGGUUUCGUGCGAAAAAACCUUUCCUUUCUUUCUAUCUAACGCCAGUAAGAAAUAUUUUAGAAGUCUUUGGCUUCCUCGAUUUUCUUUCCUUUGGCAGUGAAGGCAGUGCAUCAGUUACAGUGCAAGAAAAGAGGUAAAGAGUUUUUCGUCGGGGAGGUAAAGCUUUGCCACAUAGAUAAACAAGAUUCACUAAAUCCGUCAAACACAAUCUAUUUUUUCUGGUCCUGCGCUCUGAUCGUUCGUCUCUAAAGAAAAAGAGAGAGAAGUGAGAGUUAAUGUUAAUCACCGGAAAGAUGAACACCCAUUUUCCAAAGGAACCUGAACAGGCUUUUACAGAGAAGCCAUGAAGGAGAGAGUAUGUGUGUGUGUAUAUAACUUGCAAACUUCUUAUUAAUAACACUGACGACUUCUACCACUAUCACUGUUUAUGAUUUCUGUUAAAAGGCUGAUUGUUGUAGCAUAAAUCUCGGGAGAGACUGCAGACGCAACAAUCUUGCGAGCAAAAAAAAAAAAAGACAAAAAGAAAAAAAGAUAUGGGUGAUAAUAUUACCAUGUCGCUAAAGCCAAAGCCGAAUAACAAAGAUAAGAGAGUGUGAGAGAAAAUGGAGGGUGGUUCUAAUAGCACUCCUUGUAAGAUGGCUUUUGGAGACAACAGUAAUGGACUGUGCCCUAUGAUGAUGAUGAUGAUGCCUCUCAUGUCUUCUUCUCAUCACCAUCAUCAUGAUCAUGAUCAUCAUAAUGAUCGCCAUCACCAUCAUCCUGAUGCAGACUCAAGUACUCUAUUUCUUCCCUUGCCUUCUACCAACAAUCAAACUCAAAACCGCAAUAGCAGUAGUGGCUUUUCUUCACCGAUUCUUGACGAUAACAACAUCACAAACACAGGCUGUUGUUUCAUGGAGACCCACGAUGGCACCUCUUCUACUUCCUCAGUCAAGGCUAAGAUCAUGGCUCAUCCUUACUACCACCGCCUUUUGGCUGCCUACUCUAACUGUCAGAAGGUGGGAGCUCCACCUGAAGUGGUGGCAAGAUUAGAAGAAGCUUGCGCAUCUGCUGCAUCGAUUGGCCCCACUGUCAAGGCCCCUCUUGGUGAAGAUCCAGCCCUCGAUCAGUUCAUGGAGGCCUACUGCGAUAUGCUUACCAAGUAUGAACAAGAGCUCUCUAAACCCAUUAAGGAGGCUAUGCUGUUCCUCCAAAGGAUCGAGUGUCAAUUCAAAGCCCUCACUGUUUCUCCUUCAAAUUCUGCUCGAACUGAGGCUAUUGAUAGGAGUGGUUCAUCUGAGGAAGAGUUUGAUGUGAAUAACCAUCACUUCAUAGAUCCCCUGGCAGAAGACCAAGAAAUGAAAGGUCAGCUUCUGCGCAGGUACGGUGGAUACUUAGGUAGUCUCAAGCAGGAGUUCAUGAAGAAGAGGAAAAAGGGGAAGCUGCCUAAAGAAGCCCGUCAACAAUUGCUCGACUGGUGGAGCAGACAUUACAAAUGGCCUUACCCUUCGGAAUCGCAGAAGUUGGCCCUUGCUGAAUCAACAGGUCUGGAUCAGAAGCAAAUAAACAACUGGUUUAUUAAUCAAAGGAAACGGCAUUGGAAGCCUUCAGAAGAUAUGCAGUUUGUGGUAAUGGAUUCUCCUCACUCUCAAUAUUACAUGGAAAAUGUUAUGGCCACCCAAUUUCCAAUGUAUCUCUCUCCUGCACUGCCUUGAUCGAACAAGCUGAUCAUCUGAUGUUCGUCUUACUUAUUAAUUAUAUUAUAUAUAAACCCAAUACUAUAGAUAUUACAGCGACGAUGUAACCUUAUCAUAUGCAUGUGGCUGCAAGCAUGCAUUUGGAUGCUAUUUUGGCAUGAAUUCAAACUGCUAAAUUGUAGUUAGCUUGUUCACUAUCUUUUCUCUUAUGCAAUGUUUUCAGUUUUGGACUGGGAAUUAAUCUAGUGAAAAAGUCAGUUUGAAUCCUUUAUU